AUGUCUGGCGAGACGGAGAUCGAAGUGUCGGUGGUGUCUGAGGAGGAUCUCGAGUUGGAAGGGUCUAGGAGUAGUUCUACGCCGGCCGAGCUACUUCUACAAGAGAAGAACGGUAAAUCCGGCUGCGGGUUGAACAACCAUCACUCGUUCAGCUUCGACGUGGGAAAACCGGCACUCAGACCAGCCUGUAAUCCUCAGUACACGUCGUUCAGCAUCUCCAGUAUACUCGGCAGGCCCGAAUCACCACCGGUCGACUCCACGUCGACCGUGUCCGCUGAAAGACAGUCCUCCGACGUCGACAGAGGCUCGCCGUUGCAGGCGAACAACGCGCAAAACUCGCAGAGGAUUGGCUCUUCCUGUGAUAGUCCCGCCAGAGGAUUGAAUAACGCGACUAGUAUCGGGAUCGGGUGUGCUACCAGUGCUACCAGCCCGGCGUCCACGUUCUCACCUCCUAGCGACGCCGCAACAAAUCCAUUACUUGGUCAUCAAGCGUCGGCGGACCUGGCGAUGCUAUCGAGAUUGGGCCUGAUGUCGUCGUUGAUAGCGGGCCGUUACCCGGUCGGCAUCGGCGUCGGUGGCGUCUUCUUCCCUUCCACGUUGCAACACCUUCACCAGCAACAGCAACACCAGCAUCACUCUCGACUGGCUGCAGCCUCGUCGGCGUUGAGCAACGCCGUUCAGGUCACCGGCCAAUCGGACAUCGUCGACGCCGACGGCAUUCGAGGCGUCCUGCCCGGUGGCGCCGGUUGGCCGUUUCCAUGGAGGCCGACGCAUGGCCUGCAAACGCUCGAGCAUCCGUCGCCGAGCGACGUCGUUGGCACCCUGAGCCGCGUCAGUCCUGCUUCCGCAUCCUUCCCGCAAAGGGCAGACGACCUGGACGACGAUAACGGGGAGGAGCGUCUGCACCGGACGCGUAGUCCGUCGACGGGCGACGAGGGCCACGACGACCUCGGCGAACAGGACGACUGCCCGGAGGCGGACGGCGAAGGGGAAUCGACGAACUCAACCGGCCUUCACGGUGGAAACGGCGCCGGUGGAACAGGGACAGGAGUUGGCGUGGACGGUCGUGACUCUAGUAGCAUGAAACGUAAGAAGAAGACUCGGACGGUAUUCUCACGGUCGCAGGUGUUCCAAUUGGAGAGCACAUUCGACAUGAAACGUUACCUAUCGUCCUCGGAACGUGCCGGCUUAGCCGCCUCGUUACGUCUAACCGAGACCCAAGUGAAGAUAUGGUUUCAAAAUCGUCGUAACAAGUGGAAAAGGCAACUUGCCGCUGAAUUAGAAGCGGCAAACAUGGCGCAUGCUGCACAGAGACUAGUCAGGGUGCCGAUACUUUAUCACGAGGCGUCCGCCGGAAGUGGAACGUCCGGCAGCGUCUCAGUUUGCGACACCAAGCUGUUUGGCAAGUGUCCUCGGAACGUGUUGAACUGCCUCGAUGAGAAUUGGGCGAUACAACGAGGCAGUUUGUUCAGGCAAUUCCUGGAUGCAAGUUUGUUCGACGGAUGGGUUCGAGCUGGGGAUUACGAAUUAUUUGUGUUAUUUAAUCCUUUGUGA